UUGUUUUAUUAUAUUUCACUCCGCUCCCGCUCCGAGCGCGCGCCGGCCGGCGUCUCUUCUCGGCGUGGCGGAAGUGACGUCACGGCGUCAACAUGUAAGAUGGCGACGCAUCACAGGCAGAAUGCAGCGGGGCGCAGGAAAGUGCAGGUGUCAUACGUGAUCAGGGACGAGGUGGAGAAAUAUAAUCGUAAUGGAGUCAACGCACUACAGCUGGAUCCGGCUCUUAACCGGCUCUUCACCGCUGGACGAGACUCUAUCAUCAGGAUAUGGAGCAUUAACCAGCACAAGCAGGAUCCGUACAUUGCAUCGAUGGAGCAUCACACAGACUGGGUCAAUGACAUCGUCCUCUGCUGCAACGGCAAAACAUUGAUAUCAGCGUCGUCAGACACCACGGUGAAGGUCUGGAACGCACACAAGGGCUUCUGCAUGUCAACGCUGAGAACACACAAGGACUAUGUUAAAGCACUGGCAUACGCUAAAGACAAAGAGCUGGUGGCUUCUGCGGGUCUGGACAGACAGAUCUUUCUCUGGGACGUGAACACGCUGACCGCUCUGACCGCCUCCAAUAACACCGUCACCACGUCUUCUCUCAGCGGAAACAAGGACUCCAUCUACAGUCUGGCGAUGAACCAGAUGGGGACGGUUAUAGUGUCAGGAUCCACCGAAAAGGUUCUGAGAGUGUGGGACCCGCGAACCUGUGCCAAACUAAUGAAGCUGAAAGGACACACGGACAACGUCAAAUCACUGCUGCUCAACAGAGACGGAACUCAGUGUCUUUCAGGGAGUUCGGACGGGACGAUCCGGCUCUGGUCUCUGGGCCAGCAGAGGUGCAUCGCCACGUACCGCGUUCACGACGAGGGCGUCUGGGCGCUGCAGGUCAACGAGGCCUUCACACACGUCUACUCCGGAGGACGCGACCGGAAGAUAUACUGUACAGACCUUCGCAAUCCUGACAUCCGUGUGCUGAUCUGUGAGGAGAAGGCGCCCGUGCUCAAGAUGGAGCUGGACCGCUCGGCCGAUCCGCAUUCGGCCAUCUGGGUCUCCACCACCAAGUCCACGGUUAAUAAGUGGUCUCUGAAGGGUAUCCAUAAUUUCCGAGCGUCUGGUGAUUAUGAUAAUGACUGCAGCGCUCCUCUGACGCCGCUGUGUACUCAGCCGGAGCAGGUGAUCAAAGGCGGCGCCAGUAUAAUUCAGUGCCACAUUCUGAACGACAAGCGUCACAUCCUGACCAAAGACACCAACAAUAACGUGGCGUACUGGGACGUGCUGAAGGCCUGCAAAGUAGAAGACUUGGGCAAGAUGGAGUUCGAUGAAGAGAUCAAGAAAAGGUUCAAGAUGGUUUACGUGCCGAACUGGUUUUCAGUGGAUCUGAAGACGGGGAUGCUGACGAUAACGCUGGACGAGAGCGACUGCUUCGCGGCGUGGGUCUCUGCCAAAGACGCCGGAUUCACCAGCCCCGACGGAUCCGACCCCAAACUGAAUCUGGGCGGGCUGCUGCUUCAGGCGCUGCUGGAGUACUGGCCUCGGACUCACAUCAACCCCAUGGACGAAGAGAGCGAGCUCAACCACGCCAGCGUGAACGGUGAGCACGAGAGCCGGAUCCAGAAAGGGAACGGGUAUUUCCAGGUGCCUCCGCACACUCCGGUGAUCUUCGGGGAAGCGGGAGGAAGGACGUUAUUCAGGCUGCUGUGUCGAGACUCCGGAGGAGAGACGGAGUCCAUGUUACUCAACGAGACGGUCCCGCAGUGGGUCAUCGACAUCACCGUGGACAAAAACAUGCCCAAAUUCAACAAAAUCCCGUUCUACCUCCAGCCCCAUUCGUCUUCCGGAGCAAAAACACUGAAGAAGGAUCGUUUGUCGGCCAGUGACAUGCUGCAGGUGAGGAAGGUGAUGGAGCACGUGUAUGAGAAGAUCAUAAACCUGGACAGCGAGUCACAGACGGGCGGCUCGGCCGCAGAGAAACCCAGCGAACAGAAGGAGGAGGAAGACAUGGCAGUACUAGCAGAGGAGAAGAUCGAGCUGCUCUGUCAGGACCAGGUUCUGGAUCCCAACAUGGAUCUGCGGACGGUGAAGCACUUCAUCUGGAAGAGCGGCGGCGAUCUGACGCUCCACUACCGGCAGAAAUCCACGUGAGGCCUGGCCCCUCGGGAGAAACUCCACUCAUAACAGCUCACAUUCAAAGCACACGCUCACCUGCACUUCCCGUCUUCGUCAUCUUCCUCGCACGGGCCGCUCGGCUCACGCAUGAUCACCCCCGAGCAAACGGGAAGGAGGAGCGCCGGAAAAAACUCGCCUGGCGAAAAGAGAGCGAUUUUCCCGCCUGUAUGGUUUUUAUUUCUUCUUCUCGGCAUGAAUAUUCUUUUGAUGGAUGCCAUAUCGAAUGCGUUUCGUUUUUUUACCGCCACUUCCUCCUCGUUUAACAUUCCAGUGAUGCGUUUCGUUGCCAAUGACGCCAUCGAAUCCAGUCGGAGCCGAGGAACUGGUUUGAAACCGUCUCGCGUAGACGGACUGAGAGAACUCCGCGAGCGCCGUUUUCCCAUGAUGCAUCUCUCCGACGCGCCGCGCUCACCGGUGCAUCCGUUUCCUGUACAUACGUUGUAAUUAUUUUGUAGUCCACUUGAACUCGAGUUGGAGGUUAGGAGCUUUUUAUUUACGUUUCUUUUUAAGAAAAUGUACGGUAUCUUCACAAAGGUGCUUUUCCGUGUAAAAUACGACGAGCGUAGAGGGGCGGGGAUGUUCGAAAACGUCACAAACGGACGUUUUUGUGUUUUAAAGGAAUGGUUCACCCACGGAAACGGACAAAUUGCUGAAAUGCGCUCACCCUCCGGUCGUCUGAGAUGCAGAUGAGUUCCAUUCUUCAGGUUUGGAGAAACGCAAUAAGGGAGUGAAUGGGUGCCGUCGGAAUGAGAGCCGAUUGGAAACAUCACGAUGCUCCGGUCCAUCGGGUAACAUCUGGAGAAGACGAGAGAUGAAACUAAACCAGCAUUAAGACGUUUUCAAACCGUUCGAGUCCACGAUAACACUUCCUCCAGUGAUAAAGGGUUCUGGUCUGAAUCGGGAGAGAAAUCUGCAGAGCCAAAAAAGCACUAAACAUAUAUAUAUAGACAUCUUAGUCUUAAUGCUGGAUUAGUUCGAUCUCCAGACGUUAGCGAGCGCUGCGGAUCGUUGCAAUGUCUUUACGUGACUCUCGUUCCGACGGCACCCAUUCACCUCCAUCACCGAUGCAAUGCUACAUUUCCCCAGGUCCGAUAAAGAAACGAGCGACGAUCCGAGGCCGAGCACAUUUUAGCCAAUUAACGUUUCUGGGUGGACUGUUGCUUUUAAAAAGGAGUGAUUCACCCCAAAAUGAAAAGUCAGGUGGUCAUAUGGAAAUAUCAGCUGACUGCUUCUGAACAAUAUGAGGGGGAAUAAAUGAGCAUUUUCAUUUUCAGAUGAAUUAUUCCUUUUAUCCAGAUGUUGAGUGUGUUGUCUUUCCUGUGUGUGGACAGGAAAAUACUAUAUAUAUAUAUAUAUAUAUAUAUAUAUAUAUAUAUAUAUAUAUAUAUAUAUAUAUAUAUAUAUAUAUAUAUAUAUAUAUAUAUAUAUAUAUAUAUAUAAAGCUAUGAACUAUUGAAGGAUGGCAUGGCUGGAUGGCAAAACUCAGUUCAUGUUUUUAAUUUAUGCAAAACAAGACAAAAAAACUUCUGCAAACGUUUGUCAAUCAUACAAAGAUUUGCACAGUGUUCUAGCGAAAUGUAUUCAUGUAUAUAUUUGGUCUUAGAUUAAAGACAAUUAAGAUGAUAAUUAUGAUUAUACGAAACCAUCGGAAACUGAACGGAGAGAGGUUUUAAAUCGUCCGUGUCCACAUCCCCUGUAUUUAUGCUUCCUGUGUUGAUUGUAAUUAUAUGCAGUAUAUUUUGGGUAAAUAACAGCUUAAUAAAUUAACCAAGAAUGAA